UUGUUUACCAUCCAUGCUGUUGUGCAGGGAGCUGAUACAAACAAACCAGCAUGAACCAACAAUUUAGGAGGGGACUGCGUAAUUCCAAUCGAUAAAAGAUGCAAAAUUCUUCGUCGCAGUAUUCAUCGCUGAUAAAAGAACAAAGACAGCUGAAGAAGGCCGAAACAAUGCUGCAAUCAAUGAUCGAUAAGAUCAAUCACGAACUGAACCAGCUGGUGGUGGAAGAAUUGCAGAUCAAAUCUCGCGAUGCACAGCUUAGCGUAGAAACAACAACCGCCAAGAUGGUGAAGCCAGAUCCGCUGAUGGAUGUGGCUACGUGCAGCACAGCUGAAAUCAAUCAACAAAAGCUCGACCUAGCAGUGCAGGAUGACAAGCUGCUAAAAUCACUGGAGGAGUCCGAAGACGAUCUUGAUGAUUUGGUGGGAUGAUUUCUCACAAGAGCAACAAUAACCGAAGAUCAUUGUCCCGUUUGUAGGUGCACUAAAUAAACACGUUUACUUAUCAUUUUAACAGCAA